AUGAUUAUGAUAGAUAAGUGGUUGAAGGUGGUUGUUGCACGGGCUAAAGACGGAUUGACAAUUAGAGUGGUAGACAAUGGUGGCGGUGUUCAGGUGAUGGAAGUAGGUGGUCGGUGGUGGGGUGAUAAGAGGUUUCUCUUGAGGGUAAAGUUUGUUAAGUGCCUAACUGAACAUGGUGUAUAUGUAAAUAACUCAACAACCACAAAAAUGGUGUCCAUAUGCCUAUAUGUUGAUGAUUUACUGGUCACUGGAGAUAAUGAAGCUGAAAUUGCUAAAUUCAAGAGAAAAAUCAUGUGCGAGUUUGAAACGACUAACUUAAGAAAUUUGUCAUAUUUCCUAUGUAUGGAGUUUGUGACAACAAAGAAUGGUAUAUUUCUUCAUCAAAGGAAACAUGCAAUUGAAGUUUUGAAAAGGUUCCAUAUGUGGGGAUGUAACUCAGCCCCAACACCGGUUGGGACAAGAACAAAGCUGAUAAAAGAUAUGGAUGAACCAGGACUAGAUGUCACCAUGUUUAUGCAGGAGUCAAGGAAGCCAAACAUGACAGCAGCCAAAAGAGUACUAAGAUACAUCAAAGGUAUUCUGAGCUACGAAAUUUUGUUUUCAAGAAGUCCAAACAAUGCAGAAGUAGAAGUAUUAGGUUUUACUGAUUGUGAUUGGAGUGGAGAUGCUGAAGAUAGGAAAAGCACUUCAGGGUAUAUAUUCAUGAUUGGAAGUGCACUAGUGUCUUGGUGCUCAAAUAAACAAAAUUUUGUGGCAUUAUCAAGCUGUGAGGCCGAACAUGUAGCAGUUGCACACUGA